AUGGAAAAUGGAUCUGCCACCUCCCCAAAAGGCAGCGCUGGCGCCCACCGUAGCACCGAUCAUCUUGCCAACGGCCACGUACAGCCGGAAGGCGGCAGCAGCGCGCCUGCAGGAACCGGACACAAACGAAGCCUGUCCGGCAGCAUCCUGUCCAAGCUGGCGUUCCUGCGGACAUCUUUCGAAGAGCUACCAUCGCUACCCUCAAUCUCCAAGACCAGGGACGCCGAGCGCAACAACACCGAACGCGAUGCCCCAUCCACAACGAAGAGAGGCGGCGCAAUGGCCACCGCCAUGAGCGAAGACAAAGUGCGCCGGCGGAAAGACUCGCUGCGCAAGGCUGCCAUGCUGGGAACGGGCAAGCUGCGCGAACGCAGCGACGCGCCUCGAAAGAGCCCACCGCGAAGUCUCCACGCCUCUACAGACCAUCAGCGAAAUAUACCUGGCAGCAGCCCCACAACCCCAGAGGAUCGCACCCCCCGGCGGCGCUUCAGCUACGAGAACCCGUCCGCGGCUUCUUCAGCUGAGGGCGGCAUCACUCUCUUCGCGCCAGCUCCGAAGCACUCGCACCACGCAGCCGGCAGCAUUUCGCCACGAGAUUCUCCGCAGAGCGCCGAAACGCACGCGCCAGUGAGACCAAUACUUGCCUCGCCCGUCGCCAUCAGCCCAAAUGCACACCCCUACGUCUCUACAACCGACGAGUCCGACUCCUCGCCCUACCGCCACCACGACCCCUCAGCAGCAACAACAGCACCAACCACCACCACCGCCGGCACCGCCAACGCCACCAUCCCACCCCGCCGCCGCAGCAAACCCUCCACCUCCGCGCGCGCCACCUCCCCCCUCUCCCAGUCCGUGCUCCUCCCCCUGCCCACCCCCUCCUCCGACGAGGACAACGCAGAAACCGAGCGCUAUGGCUGGCUGCUGCUGCUCUGCACCUGGCUCAUCUUCGUCGUGGGCAUGGGCUCGUGUCUCGGAGUCUGGAGCUGGGCGUGGGACGUCGGGGAGACGCCCUACGCACCGCCGGAACUCGAGGACGACCCGACGCUGCCGAUUGUCGGGUACUAUCCCGCGCUGAUUGUGAUGACGGGGGUUAUGGCGUGGGUGUGGGUCGUGGUUGCGUGGGUGGGGAUGAAGUAUUUUAGGCAUGCUAAGGUUGUUGGGGAGGAGGGGUAG